UAUUACCCAACUUCAUACCUUCUGUUGUGUGUCUAAUGGCUUUUCAAUGGCUAAGUUUGGUGGGUGCUAUAUGGCUCCAAUCCAUUAAUGGGACUAACUCCAACUUUCCUGCUUACUCAUCCCAACUCAAGCGUCUUCUUUCCAUUUCACAGCUUGAACUGAACAACCUAGCCUUUGCCUCAGACGCCGGAAAAAUCCUCGGUUGGUUCGCCGGUGUCGCCGCUGGUUAUCUACCCCUCUGGCUAGUCCUCAUGAUCGGUGCAGUUCUUGGGUUGAUUGGUUAUGGGAUGCAAUAUCUUUUCCUAACAAACCAAAUCUCCUCUCUGUCUUAUGUGCAUGUUUUCUUACUCACUGUAUUAGCAGGAAACAGUAUUUGUUGGAUCAACACAGUUUGUUACCUCGUCGCCAUCAAAAACUUUCCUCUGGAUCGUCAGUUUGCGGUCGGAAUAUCAACUAGCUACGUAGGAUUGAGUGCAAAGAUUUAUACAGCUUUUGUUAAUGUUCUAUUCCGUUAUUCAAACGCUGAAAAAACNACAGCUUUUGUUAAUGUUCUAUUCCCUUAUUCAAACGCUGAAAAAACUAAGGGCUAUCUUCUUCUGAAUUCUAUCUUACCCCUUGUAGUUUGUAUAAUGGCUGCACCUGUCGUCGGAGAUAUCAACGUCGGAAAAUCCAAGAAAAUGGCCGGUGGGUUCAUUUUAAUGUUUGCAAUAACAAUAGCCACCGGAGCCUAUGCUGUGAUCAGCAGUUUGGGUUCAGUGGUUUCAAGAGUGAUGACACCAUUGAUGGUUCUGAUUGGUAUCGGUUUGUUCUUGGCGUCACCUCUUCUGGUACCAGUGGCUGAUAAACUCAGAGAAAAGUUUCAGCAAAAAUGUUGGUUACGGGUAGAGAGAAGAGUGCAUAAUCUGACAGUAGAGGAGGGUGAAAGUGCAAUCAGCUUAGAGGAUGGGAUGAAAGUAGAAGAAACCAGUAUAACAGAAUUAGUUUCUGAGGAUAAGAUGAAGAACGAGAUUGGAGCAAAGUCUAUNAAUAAUUUUACCACUUAA